UUUCACCCAAUUAACUCUCCCAGUUUGUACAAAGGUUUUACUUUACCUUAAUUAACCUAAUUAGGAUUUUAAUUAGAAUUCAUUUUAGGGUUCACGAGUUUAGUAUUAUUUGGGGAUUUUGAAUUCUAAGGUUUGGGGGUUUGAUUGAAUUGGGGUUUUUGCUUAUUUUAGCAUUAAUUGGCUAUUGUAAUUGAUAAAAGUGAAAAAAUAGCCAAAAUAACGUUUUAAUUGGACGGAAAACGUUAGUGAGUAGUGCUACCCAAACAUUUCCAAACUUGCAGGUAGUUAUAAACAAAUAAAAAAAAAUUGGGUAGUUGUUCAAUUACAAUUUCCUUAUUGUAAUAUAUGUAUGAUAUAAAAAAUAAAAAAAUAAAAAAAUUAAUUGAAACUACAGUACAGUAAACCUAAAAAAUAUUGGAAGGUCCUCCCUAAACUUUACUUGUCCAUAUUAUGCACCGCAUUAAAUUUGCAUUUCUAAUUAGUAACGUUCCAUAUGUUGGUGAUUAAUAUUAGUAUGCCCCUAUAUAUUCCCAUAUGAUGCAACAAAUAUAUCUAAAUUACCCGAAACACUAAUAUCUCCCGCUAAAAUACAAAAUGUAACAUCAUAUGAUAUGAUAUAGUGGCGGGAAAAUCUACCAUAUAUAAGAAAACGAACCCUUAACAUAUUUCCACAACUUUCUCCAAAAUCGUCUGUUUCUAAAAUAGUUUAAGUUGCAAAAAUUAAAGCUCAAACAAACACACACACAUGGCUAAACGCAAAAGAGGAAAUGUUUCGUCAACACUAGAGGCGUAUGAAAUAAAACGUAUGAAAGAUAUUCACUGCUUUCAACUAUUCAUGCGCAACGUCAUGUACCACAUUGGUCCCUUGGACACGGGGAAAUUGGUUAGUGUUGUUGGCAAUGCUCCUAUCAUAGAAGAUAUGUAUCAGGAAGAGCGUUUUAACUACAUGAAAACUAAAGUAAACCUCUCUAACAUCCCCAAAAAUGGAAAAGGAGAACGAUUAAUCACUCUGGCUGAUGACCGGAUUGUGAAGCUUGAACCAAUCAAUUUGGAAUACGAUGAUACAUGCUACAAGCGCAUUAAAAAGAUUGAUUUUGUGGAUCUUUCUGACGAGUAGAGGUCGCAUCACACCUUGCAUCUACUUAGUUGUUUACUAAAACUAUUCACGUUUUUUUAGUGUCUCUUUUUUGUUUAAUCCACUCUAGCCUAUGUGGUGUGGUUAAUAUUGGAGCAAAUAAGCUACUGCUGUAUUAAGAUCAUUAUCGUAAUAUCUAUAUGAAUAAAUAUUUUGCUGUUAAAUAUAAUUUUUCAUGCCCAAAAACAAUGUUGCGAAAAAGAUAAAAGCACUAAGUUUACAUACUAGGCAACAUUGGAAUAAAUUAAAAAAUUAAUCCAUGCUACAAUUUUUUUUUUUUAAAUAAAAAAAAUAAAAACAAAUACUAACAAUAACUAUAACCUGUGAUACAACCGAACACACGAUUAAACCAUUGACAAUAUGUUCAAGCUAUUGUUGAGUACACGAGAAUCAUUUUUUUUGCAAACCAUUGUUUUGCUUCCCACGAAUCAUAAAUCCUUGUCUUCCUCAUGCCACCGUAUGUUUGCAUUAGGAAUCUGACACCAGCAUCGAGACAGUCGAACCUCCAUGGAACAGUCCAAUUACAAUCGUCGCACUCUUGCAUCACUAAUAGGUUUUUAUGGCUCCCGCAAGGAUUGUUAAAAAUAUUCCUAAAACAAUAAAUCUCGAGUUGUGUCCAAUCAAUGUCUUCGUUAGCGUGUAUCCUCUCUCCAACUCUGUCGUU